UUGACAAUCAACUAGCAACGCGCUAAAGCUUGGCGUCUGUUGUUGUGUGCUAUGGUGUCCUUAGCUUAUUAGCAACAUUAGCAGAAAAAAACAUCUCUAAUCUUACUGGACGCAUUUAGGAUUUAAAACCUGCAAGUUUAUUGCCUUCAAACUGCAAAAUGAGUUUGACUGUCAGGACUGAUCUAACAGCGGAUAAGAGUAAGAGGAAGAAAAGGAGAGAACUCACGGAAGAGCAGAAGGAUGAAAUCAAGGAGGCAUUUGAGCUGUUUGAUACAGACAAGGAUAAAGAAAUAGAUUAUCAUGAAUUAAAGGUGGCGAUGAGAGCUCUUGGUUUCGAGGUGAAGAAAGUAGACGUGUUAAAGAUCUUGAAAGAUUAUGACAGAGAAGGAACAGGAAAAAUAAAGUUUGAUGAUUUUAAGGAAGUGGUGACAGACAUGAUACUGGACCGAGACCCAAAAGAGGAAAUCCUAAAGGCGUUUAAGUUGUUCGAUGACGAUGAAACGGGAAAGAUCAGCCUGAGAAACUUGCGGCGAGUGGCCCGAGAGCUCGGAGAAGACAUGAGUGACGAAGACCUGCGGGCCAUGAUCGAUGAAUUCGACGGUGACGGGGAUGGAGAGAUCAAUCAAGAGGAGUUUGUCUCGAUCAUGACUGAAGACUCAUGAGGAGCUGUCAGGAAAUGUUCAAUGAAGAUCCGGUUUCACAUUCAUCGAUGUAGGAGCUCAUCGAUCAGAUAGGAGUUUGUUCUUAUUUGUGGACAGUAAACCUCAGUUCACCCAAACAUUUUAGGACAUUUUUUUCAUUAGUAACGUAGUCUCGGACCCUGAGAAAGUGAAGAUUGUUUUAAAUUGGUGGGUUUCAGCACAGAACUAGGUUGCAUAUCUGAUAAAAACAAUUAUGCAGAUGUCAAUGUCUGACAAACUGAACAACUGAUUUAAAAAUUGUUCAUAUAUAUAUAUAUAUAUAUAUAUAAUGCACGCGCACACAUUUGUUGUUUUACGAAUUUGUUUAUUUCAGUUUGAUUAAACAACUUGGGAUUGCCGAAAUUAGUUAAUCUAGCCUGCUUAAUGAAUAUUACUGGUGACGUUUAUCAUCAAAAAAGUCGGAUGUUUGUAGAUUAGUCUUCAUACACAUUAGAUUAUUAUAUCGAAAGGGUGAUGAGCAUGUAAAGGCACUUCACGUUUUGAAAGUCGUGUUUCAGUUCUGGCCAAUAGAGGGAGACAUUUAUUAUCGAAAAGCAGAUUUAUGUUUGACCUUUGGUUUUCCAAAACUACUGUUGAUGGAUAAGUUCUUAGUCAUAAAGCUUAAACCUCCCCACGUUACUAAAAAUGUUAAUAAUAAAAUGGAUAGUUAAAAAUAAAAUAUAAUACAAAUAAAAGGCUUUUUAUGCAAACUUAUUGUGUGAAGUACAAAACUAAAUUGUGUUUUGUACAUUAUUGUCCCAAACAUCAUUUAAAGAGUUGGAUAUAGUUGUAAUAACAUGCAUGGUUAAACUUAACGUUGACAAAAACCCUUUGUUUAGCUUUCAAUGAAUCUAAAACAGCUCUCUGGUAUUGAAACACGGAUGUCAGAUCAUUUAGUUGAAAAUGCAUAGUGAUGCUGAGAUAACAGGAUGGCUUUAGGAA